CAGGAAGUUUUUGCUCUCUGCGUGGCUGAGAAGUUUUUCACUUACUAGGGAGGGGGCUGGGGGUUGGGGAUAGGGUGGAACAGGUGUGCCCCUAAUAGUGCACAAAAAAAUAGAGCGCAAGCGGCAGCCUACGUCCGGCGGUAACCCAGGAGUAAAGUCAGAAACAGGUAAGAAUGACCACUUUAACUCACCGGGCCCGUCGCACUGAAGUAAGCAAGAACUCUGAAAAGAAGGUGGAAAGUGAGAAAGACGCUAACCAAGACACGCAUCCAGACAAUGAAGACUCUGGAGACUCUAAGGAUAUCCGCCUCACACUUAUGGAAGAAGUAUUGCUCCUGGGACUAAAAGAUAAAGAGGGUUACACAUCUUUCUGGAAUGACUGUAUAUCAUCUGGCCUGCGAGGGGGCAUCCUGAUAGAGCUGGCCAUGCGGGGUCGAAUUUAUCUGGAACCCCCCACCAUGCGUAAGAAGCGACUACUAGACAGAAAGGUGCUGCUCAAGUCAGAUGGCCCGACAGGUGAUGCUUUGCUGGAUGAAACUCUCAGACACAUCAAAGCAACUGAACCCACAGAAACCGUACAGACGUGGAUCGAACUACUCACUGGUGAGACCUGGAACCCCUUCAAAUUACAGUACCAGCUGAGAAAUGUAAGAGAGCGAAUUGCAAAGAACCUAGUAGAGAAGGGUAUUCUAACCACUGAGAAGCAGAAUUUCCUCCUAUUUGACAUGACUACGCAUCCAGUGACCAAUACAACAGAAAAACAGCGACUAGUGAAAAAACUUCAAGAUAGUGUCCUAGAGAGGUGGGUAAAUGACCCUCAGCGUAUGGACAAGCGAAUAUUAGCACUCCUGGUGUUAGCGCACUCCUCAGAUGUGCUAGAGAAUGUCUUCUCCUCUCUGACAGAUGAUAAGUAUGAUAUGGCAAUGAAUCGAGCCAAGGACCUCAUAGAACUGGACCCUGAAGUAGAGGGGACAAAGCACAUUGCCACAGAGAUGAUCUGGGCUGUGCUGGCAGCCUUCAAUAAAUCCUAAAGUCAGCAAGUGGAUUCCUCCUUGUUCCCUUGCUGGCUUGAUAACUGUGAAAGAUACCAUCACUGAGAUUUUUGUGAUGAGAGAUUUUUUUCCUUCUUUAUUUUUUUUCCUUCUCUUGAAUCAGACUUGUGAUCUGGGGAGAGCAACUUCAGGGCUUCUCCAUAGACCUUGACCGUAAUAAGCAGACUUUGUUUCUCCCUAUACUUACGCUCCAGAGGUGAAUAAACUGGGUGAACUCACACACACCCUAUAAACACUUUCUCUCAUUUCUUGGUUUACUUCCAUCUCAUGUGCUUAUGGAUAAUUAGGAAUAGUUAAGUGGAAUUUGGAGUUCUCCAGCUAUUGGAUACGAAUGAGAUACACAACAAAACAUUUAUUACUUUCUUCAUAGUUUGUUUUUCUAUCUUAAGUACAUGUUUUCACAAUCUUUGUCAGGCUCUGCUAAGUAGUGUAGCUUAUUGAAAUAAUUGUUUCUUUGAAAAAGGAGCAAGAGAAACAAAAUUAAUUUUUUGAGCAGAUGGUUCUGGAAUUUUAAUGUCCUGCUAAUGAUUUUCUCAUCUUUCCUUUUCUAACCUGAUAAAAAUAUUCCAGAUAUAAUCAACCUGGUUCUUAGACUCCUAGAACCAAAAACAUAUUCUAUAGUUUCUCUCAGCAUUAUCCUGUUCCUUCAUUCAUUAGGACAAAAGUCUAAGUUUUAAAGAAAUCUCUCUCAACUACAUCCUUCUUACAAUCAGCAUUGCAAUUUAUAAAGGGAAAGAAGUGGCAUGAGAAUUUCCGCCCCUUAGCACAUAACUGUCUGGUUCCUCCAGAUUGUAUGUCUCUGCUGUGAUUGAAUUGAGGGAGUUAGAGAUUUCAAUUGCUGAAUAGCAGCCGAGUCCAGACAGUGUAUGUAAAUUCCAGAUCUUCUUGUUCCCUGUUUUUGGCUUCCUAUAUAAAAUUGGUACAUUCUAUGUUUAAGGGUUCUAGAAGUAGUUUUGUCCAUAUUGAAACCACAGAUACUCUCCUAUCAUUGGUCUUGUUUCAACAUAACUAUGCCUUUCUAGCCGAAUCUCUAAAAUGUUUUUCAGUUCAGUAGUGAGUGUAAAAAGAAGCUUGUUAAGAAAAAUCCUAUUUAGAGGGGCAAUUUAGUGUCAAAAGCAUGAUGAUACAAAGUCCAGUAUUUGGAAAUAUAAAAAGGACAGGCACCAAGUUGUGCUAAUUUCAAGCAUUUAUUAUGCUGAUAUUUUUAAUGGAUCUUGCCUCUGGACCAUUACAGAGAAAGAGGCUGUCAGAAGUUUAAUAAAGAUGACCCAGCCCUGAUACCAAAUCUUCCUGAUCAGAAGUAAUUAAAUGAGUGAUUAAUAACUUUCACCUCUUCCCUCAAACCUUAGGUCUAGCCUUACAAAAUUCCCCUACUCUUUUUUUUUUCAUUAUUGAUUACAGGUAUCACUUAGGUGACAAGAGAUAUAAAUUUUAACAUGAAUUAAGUUCUGAAUGUGAGGCUCAGUAGAACUUCAGUCUGGCUUUCUAAAAGUACAAAAACCAGUCCAUGUGUUGUCUCUACGUGAAUUAAUUUUCCUUUCCAGUUGAACAAUUCAGCAUGAAUUGAAACCAGGUUUUCCCAUGGAAAGUUGCAGCUAGGUUGGGGGUUUGGUUGAGUUCUUUCUUGCAAUUCUUGGUCAGUGUUUAUUUUCAUAUUAUAUCUCAAUAAAAUGAGGAUGUCUUCA